AUGAACAGGGGCUUUGUUCAUAUAUUUGAAUGUGAUAAAUCACAUGACUGCACAUGCUCUAUCAGUACCGGCACUAUCGGCACUGGAACGGCACCGGCACUAACGGCAUUUGUGCGGUACCGGCACGGCACUGAGUUUCAUAGUGUUAAGCGGCACUGGAACGCCACCGGCACUCAAAAAUUGCAUAUGACCACUGACGAUAAAAAUAGAAUGAACAUUGGUCAUUCUAGCAGCACAGCAACAGUUAUGGAAGAUAUAGAGAUUAUCAUAGAAGGCACCAACAAUUUGUCUACAGAGAAAAUUCAUUCAACUAAGAAAAAGGAGAUCACAAUCGUAUUGUUGGGACAGACAGGUGUGGGAAAGUCCACAUUCAUUAACUCAAUCGUAAAUUAUAUGUCUUUCGAGAGUAUGGAUGCGGCGAACGGACGGCCCAUAUGUUUAAUACCCGUAAGCUUUACGAUAACGGAUCCGAACACUCUAUUGCCACAGAAGGUAACACUCGGUGAACAGGAUGUGAAUGAAAAUACCGCUGACCCGACACAGUCGGCCACACAAUGCGCAAAAUGCUAUAAAUUUCAAAACAAUGAUAUUGUGCUCAAUAUAAUCGAUACGCCAGGAGUUGCCGACACGGAUGGUGUGGAUAAGGAUAACAUAAAUAUGCAAAUCAUAUUAAACUUUAUAAGUAAUUAUCGAGAAAUCAACGCUUUUUGUGUACUUUUAAAGCCAAACGAGCAAAAAGUUGAUGUAGUCUUUAACGCCGCAAAUAAUAUACUAUUUCUGUACACAAACUCCCGGAGCACUAACUACUUGCCCGGAGAGACCGGACCCGCUUUAAUUAAAUUUUUAGACUCAAUGAGUAAAAGUCCACCAAAUGUUGACAUCCCUUAUAACAAGAAUACAACCUAUUGUUUCGAUAACGAGUCGUUUCGAUAUCUCGUGGCUUCGGUUCCGCCAAAUAAUAUACAGUUUGACCCAAAAUUUAAAUCAAAUUUUGUUGAGAGUUGGAAAAGAUCAGUAGUUGAAUGUCAGCGACUAUUCAAUUACAUAACACAACUGCCGGCACACAAAGUGAUGGACACGUUAUCACUCAAUAACGCCAAACAAAUCAUACAAUUACUAACCAAACCGUUGGCCGACAUCACGAAGAAUAUCGCGGAUAACGUAAAGCAAUGCAAAAACCAUAGGAUUGAUGUCAAAGAGUUUGUGGGAACCAUUGAAGAGCUCCAGAAUAAGCUAUACAUACCAUCGGUUGAGAUAAUAUCCGUACCGUUAGAUCGGCCAAAGACUGUGUGCGGCGACAGCCGGUGCUGCGAACGCGUAACAAUCACUAAUGAUUUGACCGAGACCAAAUACACUACUGAAUGUCAUUCACCAUGUUACCUGGAUUUUAGCGAUGGUCACGUUGUAGGCAAUAAAGGUUUGCUCGGAUGCAAAGCGUUUAAUAGAUACAGCGGCACCGAUCGUGACCCUGGUGAACCGAGAAAAUCUACAUUUAUUAGGGCAUUAAAAAUGACCGGGGAGAAAAUUAUGGAAACACUGGGCCAGUCGCACGUGUGUCGCGCGUGCGGACACGGCUACGAAAAACACCUGCACAUAUUUUACGAAACACACGCUAAAGUUACCAAGGUGGAUGCAAACAUUAUUGAUACCAAGAUCAAAAUGGCUCAAUUGGCCGCUGAGGCCAAAGAGCAACAGAUCCGACGUCUGGACCAACGGAUCGCCGAAUUGAAGGCCGAAAACGAGACAAUCGUUCAGUCGAUGUCAAUGUUUGCCUGUUUUCUGGCCAACAAUGCCUUAACGCCGGUAAACGACGCGUUUGUAGACUAUGUGCAACACCUGAUUGCCAACGAACGGUACGGCACUACCGGUGCCGCCGGCAGUCAGACAACAAUCAAACGACUCGAACACGUGUUAAAGCAAUACGAGAAAGAGAAACAGAUUAUUACAAAUGCUAAGAAAAGUGAUGCCCAAAAGUCGGUGAUUACCCUGGCUAAAAUUAAUGAAUGCGUCGACCUACUGUGCUCGCUCAAACAUAAAGGCCCCUACAUUAGCAUAAUGCUCGACCAACAGCGUCAAGCUAAAGUGAAACACCACACGGCACACAAUCAGGUGAAUUACAACGCUACCGACCAUAGCGGGUUUAAUAAGGUGAAAUUGUUUUGGGAAAGAAAUACGACAAUGAUUUAG